CUCUUAAUGGAUAUUUACUGGAAGUACGAGCAUCGACCCAGUUGCGAGUCCGAUUCUUGCUCCCCAUCUGAACAUCUCCGCCACCAGAAAUCCAUCAUGAAGUCACAGCGUAAUGCCCUGUUAAUCGCAUCUGCGUUGCUGUUUUACUGGCUUCUUUAUUCCGUCACGGGCCUUGUGGUUAAGAUUGAACAGUUGAAUAAGCGUGUUGAGAAGCUCAAGGCCCAGGAUUGAUUUUGAACCGGAUUGGAUGGCUAUGUUGGAUUGGAGAUUUGGGGAUCUCAGAUAAGUCCAUUAGUCAAAAGUAUUUUUGUUGUUAGUAGUUUUUACUAGUAAAUGUUUGACGAAUAAGGACGUAUUUUAGCUGAAGAUUGUGGUUGUUACUCUUCUAUGUUCCAAGUGAAUUACAGGAUUAUUACCUAUAUUUGGCGAAGAUACUGAAAUUCUUUUUCUUUGUUUCUGGCUUCUGUUUAUUUCAAAAUCUCGGGAUCUAUUUUAUUUCUGUAUGAAUAUUAUUUCUUUUUU